GCACCACACCUCCUCCCUUCCAGGUCGCACCGCACCGUGUUGGCGUUCGGCGGGCCGUCUCCCGCCAAGCGGAAGCUUCUAGAACCUUCGCGGCGAGAUGGUGCUGCUGCACGUGAAGUCGGCGGCGCCCGCCGCCUCCUCGUCGUCGCCGGACGCAGACGAGGGGACGGAGUUCCUGUACGAGUGCGCCGCCUCCGCGGCCGUCGCCGACGUCGCUGUCGCCAUCGGCGCGCUCGCCGGCCUCCAGACCCGCCUCCUCUCCCUCUGCCGCCGACUCCGAGCGAGGUGUGCGGAUGCUGGUGCGGGUGCGACUGGCGAGCUCGAGAGGGCGCUAGACGAGGCCGAGGCCUACGCCUCCAAGGAGCAAGUGCAGCAUAACAGAUUCCUGUCCCCUCGUGCUCUAAGGGAACAUAUCAAGAAUAUUGAGAAGAAAUGUGCUUCUGCUCUACAAGAACCUCCAGAGGCAUUGAGUCUGCAAGAAUCAUCAUCAGACAACAAGCAUGAGAGGAUACAGCUUUGGUGGGCUGGAAAAGAGUUAGCCAUGGACCACAAGCUAUGCGACUAUAUUGGUGUUAAUGAUAAAACAAAGAUUGUCGUCAAGCUAACGCAAGCUCAUGAUGAGCGUUAAUUGUGCUUCUGACCCUACAAUGCGAUCCCAGUGUUGGUUACCUCUUGGAUAGUAUGUGCAGGCAGUCCCUGUAAGAUAACAUUUGAUUUUCAUGAGCAACCAUCAUUUCAUCCGUGUUAACUGAAAAUAUGUAUAAAUGCUUGACAACUAUAGCAAUAACUUGUACGAUUUACCAUCGCAGAGUUUGGUUCCUUAUGUGUGCUA